AUGAGCGCGCCCAUCCGCGCCACCGACACGCUGCACGCCCGCGCUACUCCGCGCGUGCCGAGUAUCACCGCCGUCCCGCCCACGCCCGACGCCUCGCCUGCGCCGGCCAUUAUGAGGCUCGCGGCGGUCUCAGAGACGGCGGCGGGGGAGGCGCGGCCGGCCAAGCCGAGUACGGCCCCGGUCUCGCCGGGUGCAAGCGGCGGCGAGGCUGGUGGGACAAGCUCGGCGGCGGUGGGCAGGGGUGGAAGCCAGGCUGGACCGUCAUCGUUUGCGGCGCGGGCGCGGCGGCGGCAUGAAAAGCUCUGGGGCGAGGUGGAGGGCGAGCAGAUCAAGGUGUAUGCGACGACGUGGAACUUGCAUGGCUUGCCGACGCCUGGGAUGGAGACGCUGGCGACGUUUCUGCCUGCGUCGUCGAUCGAUGCCGACGUGUAUGUGGUGGGCACGCAAGAGUGCGAGCAGUCGAUCUCCAAGGCGUUCUUUGUGUCGUCGAAAAAGGCGUGGGAGACUGCACUCGGCCACGUGCUGGGCCCGCAGUACGUGCUGCUCCGGUCGCACACGCUGAUGGCCAUCCACAUUGCAGUCUAUGUCCGAGCCUCGCUGCUAGAGGCCGUGACGCAUCUGCGGUCGGACGCGGUGGCGACGGGCAUCGCCAACCUGGUCGGCAACAAGGGCGGAGUGGCGGUGUCGGUGCAUGUGGCCGGCGUUGCCAUGCUCUUUGUCUGCGCGCAUCUGCCUGCCCACCAGGGCGCGGUGAGCGAGCGCAACGAGGCAUACCACCGGAUCAACGCCAACCUAGCGGUCGUCCCGCCACGGCUGGUGGCGCCCGAGUCGGCGGACCUCUUUGACGCCUUUGACGUUGUCAUCUGGUUCGGCGACCUCAACUACCGGGUCAACGGGACGCGGGCGCUGGUCGACGCGGCGCUUGCCCGCAAUGAGCUCGACGUCCUGCUUGGCAACGACCAGCUGCGGAUCGAGGCCGAGGCCGGACGCGCCUUUGUGGGCCUUGCCGAGGCGCCCAUCGCCUUUGGCCCGACGUACAAGUUUGAUGCCGGGACUAGCUCGUACGACUCAUCGGCCAAAGCCCGGAUCCCGUCGUGGACCGACCGCAUCUUGUACAAGCCGUCGCCGUGCUGCCGGCUUCACGCCUACGCCGACCGCGCCAACGUGCUGUACUCGGACCACAAGCCGGUCUUUGCCACGCUAGUUGUCGAUGCCGACAAGACCGAGGCCGGCACCGCCACCUCGCUGCCGCCGCAGACGGUCCUCGGCAUGAGCGAGCACGACGUCGACGACAUGAUGCCCGACGACGAUGCAGGCGGCGGCGAUGGGUGCGUGGUGAGCUAGUGUGUGAGGGGCGGCGUGUUUGCUUGUGUCAUGGAACUAGAACUUGCCAUCAAAGCCGACAAAGCCGGCGAGGAGAAAGAGCGGAAAGAAUGAUUUCUUCUCGAUGUGCGAGCACCAGUUCCAUGUCGAGG